GUUAGAGCUGUUACUUUUUUUUUGGUACCUGGGACACUAGUACAGGCUAUCGACUGCAGAUAAAUACAGAGUCGAUGACGGAGGAAAAAGUAUGGUCAACUCCUCCUCUUUGCGCAUGACGAGAGCAGAUGCGGAUGUCGCGUCGCCGUCAGGGGCGCGCUAUCGUGACAGGCAACCAGUUUCCAUCGACCGACUACCGCCCAACCUGUACGGGACCCGCCGCGAAUCCGGGGCACCGUCAGGCUCUAGAACAAGUCUUCGCGAAAAUGCUACCCUCAAUCCCAAUCGAGAUCGCCGAGAACAACAGCUUCAGCAUGGCAGACAACAAACAAGCAAUGCUUAUGGUGGAACACGAAAUAACAACCAGCUACGCCCUGACCCUGAAGAUCAUGACGACCAGGCCGACGACAUCUUUUACCCACUUGCGGGCUUGUUUGUCGACCGGCGGGUGGCGCAGCGACGCAUGUUCGAGCUUCGGCGAGUCCCUGUUUGGGUAAACGUUUAUCACCUAGGCCAGAGCCGAAUGGUUCAAAGCCUGAAUAGCAUGCUCGGUAGUGGAUCCGGAGUCUUCCACAGCGGUGUGGAGCUGCUAGGGCGCGAGUACAGCUUCGGGAUGACGCACGAUCGAACUGCCAGUGGUGUUACCUGGGACGAACCGCGGCAGCAUCGGGACCACACUUUCGCUGAGGCCUUUUUUCUCGGGGAAGUUGAAAUUUAUGUAUUGAUUUUGAUUCUAUCAUCGUCCUCAUGGUCAUGGUCAUCCUUCAUAGUGAUCACAGACUUGGCAACUUGGAGAUCGAGAUGCGCUCGUUGAAGACCCUACAAAAACAAUGAAAUGACUGAUUAUAUUGUUGAAGAUUAAAUAUCACUUACAGUUCUCAGAAGACCGCUAAAAUUACUCCGAAUACAAGUUGCAUCAGCUCUUGCAGCAGAUGAAAACUGAGUGGCUAGGUGGCGGCUACCACAUGCUGCGGCGAAAUUGUCACCAUUUUAGUCAGGCGUUGUUGCGCAACUUGGAUUCAAGUUUUGAGUUGCCGCCACACGUAAACGCGCUAGCGAGACAGGGCGCCAACUUUCUCGACAGCGGUGCUAACAUCCUCGACGAUGGAAGUGCAACUGGUGACGAGGAAGAAGAAGUAGCCGUAGAACAACAAGGAGGCUCAUCAUCCUUCUCUUCUUCAGAUCGAGGAGGUGGUGGAAAUAUAUCGGAACAAGAAGCUUCUGGUGGUGGAAGCGGAAUUUCCCAGCUUUUUACCGGUCUGCUAGAACCAUGGUACGCAAAAAGAGACGACGAUGAGGGAACCCCACAGUCACAAGGCGGAGGCGUUCGGAUCUACAACAAAGUCUACAGUGACAGCCCAGUUUCCGCAUCGAACUUAAAUUCGGACGGUGGCAAAACGGCAAUGGCAAAUAUCAACAUCAAUAUGAACAGAAGAUCCGCGAAUAGUAUUGCGGACCGAUUUAUUCCUUUUCCCACAGCAGCUGGUGUCAGCAUCCUCGGACCUGCUACGGCGACUUCGAUCAACCCAUCCAAUGGAGCAGAUCCAUCUUCGUAUAAUUUGUCCCGCGACCACCACUACAUCAACACCUCGACCACGGCAGGAGCGCUAAAUGCGUUUUCUCCUAGUACCGCUAGCCCGGCUCCGACGCCAGUGAACCAUGGCACUAAUCUUGCGGUACCGGAAUUUGCAACGACGAGGAUGCAAGCUGAUUUCUUUCCGUCGGCGCCGACAAUAUCUUGUAGCAGCAGCAGUUGCAGUACGAUCUACCGGGGGGCGUCUGUAAAUCGGAAAAGCACAUGCCACCCUCCAGUACUGAUUUCGUCGGCUAGCACUGCAGCUUCAGACUUCGUUGGACGAGAAGCAAUAGUAUCAUCGUCGAAUAGGAUAGGAUUGGGCUCUUCGCAUGGACGAGACUUUUUCUGUGCCGGAGAAAGUGGUAACGCAUCUUCAUCUUCCUCAAGAUCCCAGGGCGCUGACGACGUUCCCGACGAGAAUGUCCGAUGUUGUAAUUUUCCUCAUCCUCGCGCUGUGAAUGUCCCGGAAAUAUUUCCAAGACCAAAAAUACUCAAAAGGAUGCGCUAAGUCACCCUUGGGUUUUCCGUGUAAUGAUUAUUUAACAUAUUUUUACGGUUGUCGUACGAUCGUGAUGUUCUACUUACUCAGGAUUGCUAGAGUUGUACAUCUUGUACGUCUAAGUACAAAUCAAUCGACUAAUUGGGUUAUAAAUAUAUUCCAUUGAUGUACAUUUCACGCUCGAAAGUUUGUGAUGGAACGUAGUUUAAUCCAUGUUUCUAUAGUUGGACUUCAACUUCAGCGUAUACACGAGGUGAACAGGUUUCGUCAUAAACAAUGAUGAUGCACAAGGACAAGGAUGCUUCUUGUAGAAAAUUGUGGUUACAGCGUUUGAUAGCACUAGAGAAGGAUAAUUGAGUGAUCAACUCAUAUUAGGGUGACAUUAAGGAAGGGUAGGCGUCACCACCUAAAUUGCAAGCACUAUUACAUCUAAUGAAGCAUAAUCUGCACUAGUCCCCAUCUGCACCUGUUAUGUAGUCGCAGUACACAUGAUCUCCGGCCCCGUUCUGCCUGUCUUUCCCCUUGUCCCGUAGUUGAUAUUCUCCGAACGUGAAAAAUACAAAUACGGAAAGCCACGACCAUAUUAGAGAACACGCACUAACCAAGUACUAGUACGAGAACUAAAGGCAUGAAGUGUGGACCUGUAUACGUAUCAAUCUCUCAUCGCGCGCGUUGAUGCAGAGACAAUGAAUUUUGCCUUGAACAUUAAGACGGUAUGGCUCGAC